CAAGUCUCCGUUUCUCACCCUCACCUCGCUCCUGCAUUCGUAUCUCAGCUUGACCAGUCUGCUGUGUCUUUCCCAAACUCCAUGUGUUCGAACCGGCCCGGUAGCUUAAGGUAAGGUACUAUCAACGCUCAAUCUUUGUUCUUGACCUUCGUAGCUGUGCCUGAAAUCUCUUCUUGCAAAGCCUCACUGGCAAGACCCUCGUCGUCAUUAUCUUCAAGAUCGACCUCAGCUCGAUAUCACCCUACCAUUACGAUACCUUGUUUACGCACGAAGACCUACAGCUUCCACCCGCCUCACUCUGCAAACUAUCAACCCUUGGCCUUCCUUGAACUUUGAAGAGUGUACCUGGCAUGGUACCGAUGACCAGGUUCCACGUUGGCUACCUCCAUCUUUCCGCCAUCGUGAUCGCUAUCAUGAGAUCUGGUCCGUAGCUAAGGUAGUCCGUACGGACACCUGAAUCCAUCAAUAUCUCUGUCUCUUCUCACAUUGUCUCGACGCUUUUCGAAAAGUUCCUCCACCAUCAUCCCCUGCUUCGCCUUGCCGUCCGGCUGCAAUAUCGACCUCCCGGCGAUCCUAGCCUCUCAUGAAAAAAGAAAGAAUGGCGCCCAUUUGGGCAGAUCUGACCUACACCCAAGCCGCAUGUCGCCAUGCUGCACGUCCACUUCAAGAAUAAGCAAUAACGAAUCGAGGCCACAGCGACCUGCCCGAGGACAAGGGACUGUCUUUAUUUGAGAUUCCCACAUUAUGCUUGUUUCACUCUCUCACCAUUCGCCUGCCUAUCCUUAACCGCAGACAGUGAUGAGAUGAGCUCUCCUGCGAACUAUUCCAACUGACGACCUGUGAGUUGCCCCUUAUGAAGAACUCGUCUUUACCAGAAUGUCUUAUUUCUGUCUAUUCGAGUAGCCGAGGCUCCUCCUUUCGAUUUCUACGCAGCGCCUCCAUCUAGAUAGGUAUGCCUUCUCCUUGUCUAGUCUAUUCCGAGGUUCAUUCUGAUGCUCGAUCGGCCAGCUGUUGGUCCAAUUUUCGCCUCUAAGAGAACUUCAACGCUGCUCAUCGCAGGCGCUCUACCUCGUCUAUGAGGGGAGACUAGUACCUAGACCCCGAGAGAGAGAGAGACACGAAUGCAACCUAUACCGACCUCUGAGCUCAGUCAGUUGCAGGGUAUGGGUAUGACGCCUCUUCCCAUUCCCAUUUCCACACCCCUCCGAGGUCGACUUCCCAGGCGCCCCUCCCCCUCCCCUCCUGUACACUACUUGGCCACCCUGUACAGCAAGAGCAAGGUCUCGUCUUCGUCCGCGUCGACCGGGUCGUGACCCGCCUAGUCGCUACCCCGGCUUUUAUGGAAGUCCUCCGUCUUGCUCGUCGUGGUGGGGGUCCAUGAUUUCCACAAACUCUCCAUGUUCUGGUCCUGGCCUUCAACCCUUCUUUUUUCCUCUCACCAACCCACUGUCUGGGUCCUUGCUGGUUUCGCUUUGGAUGCAUGUAUAUUUAGUGCUGAGAUCUUCGGGAACCAAAUCCAGUCGAUUGGCUUCCAGGAUUCAACCCCGGCCGCACAUCCGCUAUCCCCUCCCGCGCUUUAUACCACGAGUCCAUUCUCGACUCUGUCCCGAAACUACAUCUACCCGCCUCCAUCCUCCUUUCUUUCUCGACUUCUUGCCACGAGAGAUCACAAACAUUCAACUUCGCCCCAAGCAGUCAACGCUUCACCUCUGCUAUUUCUUUUUGACACCAACCACUGAUCCAUCUCUUUCAUCGUACUCUACAUACUCUAGACACAAGGCAGGAGUCAGUCAGCACUGGCAUUGACUUACCCAUACCUGUUGCUGAUUCUAUCCAACAACCACACUUAACCUUGCCAACCUAUCGUUUCUUCAUUUUGGCUUCGCAGAAAUGGCCUUGACGGAACAGACAGCCCCGCCCCAGGCUUGGGGUCGCUGGCAGCAGCAGCCUGCCGGCCAUGACUACGCGAUGAUGGAUAACACAGCCUUCGUGCAGUACGACUCGAGAGGGGCUUCCUCUGCUCCCAUGAACGGCACUGUUAUCUCUCCGCAUUACAUGGUUGGCUCUCACUACGGCGUUGCAUCCAUGCCGGCAAUGGGCCACCACUGCCCGACCCAAAACCACUUCGCAUAUGCUCAGUACGAUUCACCUCCGGCCAACAUGAACAUGCCCUUCAGACUGCCGGCUCAACAAGAACGAUCGAUCAUGCCCGUAGUAGCUCCAGAGCAUGAGGUCCCGCGCGCCAGCUCUUAUCCUCAGGAGUCACCUUCGGCACAGAAUGAUCGACACCGCAGCCCAUCCACCCGCAGCGAGACGAAGAUGAGCAACCCGAAGACACCCCACCCCCUCAACACCAAGGAGAUCAAGUUCAACAAGCCCACAAGCGCGGACCCAGUGAACUUCACCACUGCCAUCGACACUCUCAUGAAGGCGAUCCAGAAGAGGCACGACACUGAGGAUAUUGUCAAGGGCGUCCCAGAGACCGAGCAGGUUGUCAAGCCGGAGCCUAGAUCUCCCAAGCCCGAACCGACCCCGGCUGCUUCGGCCCCCACACCCUCGACAACGACAGACUCGUUGGAUGCUCCCAAGACCAAGCGUUAUGUCUGUGAUAUUGAUGGUUGCGGCAAAAGCUUCUAUCAAAGCACCCACUUGGACACUCACAAACGCGCCCACACCGGUGAAAAGCCAUACAAAUGCACUUGGCCGAACUGCGAACGAACCUUCUCGCAACCCGGUAACCUCAAGACACACAUGCGCCGCCACACUGGCGAGAAGCCCUUCCGCUGCGAGCAAUGCAGCAAAGUGUUUGCCCAGCGUGGCAACCUCCAGACGCACAUGGCCACACACACCAAUGCGAAGCCAUUCGUCUGCAAGCUCGAUCAAUGCAACAAGAUGUUCACCCAAAGAGGCAAUCUCAAGAACCAUCAAAACAAGUAUCACGAGAAGACCCUCAUGGAAAUGACUGACUGGAUUGUCUCUAUUUCCGAUAUUGAUGGCUUGUCCGAUGACCAGCGAGAGAUGUACUGGUACUUUGCCAACCUCUACAAGAACAGCAACAAGGGCAUCAAGGGCCGUGGCAAGGACCGCAGGGUCAGCAACCGUGUCUCGAAGUCCAGGACUGCCCCCUCAUCUUAUCCAGUCAAGCGCGUGCCCAACCCCGCGAGCCUCGCAGCAUACAGCUCGAAGAGAUUGCCUCCCCCGGAACAGUACAUGCAACAUCACCAGCACGGCUACGAGGUUUACGACACGGACAUGGAUCAGUCCUCGAGCGCAAGCAGCCCCAGAUAUGAUGGCAUUCCUCCUGCCUACCGAGACCGCAUGUACCACCAGUCCAGCCAUGCUAUCUACUAGGGGCCACAUCGCAACCAAGCGGUCCCCACGCACAUACGUCAACGUUUCCCCUACACACACGAAUACACGACCGCGAAUCACAUCGAGUACAUACCACAAGAACGGAACGGAGUAAAGAAAAGCAACAUUCGGACGUGCUCGACAAGGCUUGAGACGAGGCAGUCCAUUGGAAAACAAAACCGAACAUUGAACCACAGCGUCAUUUCUUUCGCGGUAAUUAUUGGGUCGAGGCGGCUGUCUGAACAAUCUUCUUGCUUUCAUGUUAUUUCCUUGAAGUCAUUGUCCACUUGCUUUCAGCAAGGUGGUACUGCUUGGCUUAUAUCUUCCCUUGGGUUAUCUGUACUGCGGUCAAGGUUACAUUAUUUACGACGGGGAGUGUACGAAAGUUUCGAGUCCUUGAGCUGUUGAGCGGUUUCUUUUUCAUUUUCAACCAUUUCCAGACCGGAAACCCUGAAGAUGUGAACAACAUUUUGUUUACACGUUGGCGGUGGCUUUUCGCCAGGCAUUUUGGCCUGUCAGUGGACAUACAUCAAGGACAGCGGGAGCGGUGGUUCACGGCACAUGGAAGGGUGGGCUGCUGGAUGAUGCAUCAUGGGAGUUUUUAGACCACCCAACGGGAUUGGGGCGCGUGCAUCUGGAUGAAAGCGGGGCGCGGAAGGAAAAAGAGAGGAAAACAGCUUUGGCCUCCCAUCAGAGUUACUAGACUCUUCAGAUACCCCUGGGAUUUGCAUUGAAAUAUGAUGGGGCAAACAAGCGUGACAACACGAUGGAGUUGGGAACAAGCGUUAGACACAACGUUUUUGUGUCGUGUUAUCUUUCUCGAUUAUUUUGUUUUUGGGUCGACAUUGGACCUGGGCCCGAUAGGAAGGAUCCCGAGUAUCAUGCACCCCUUGCUUGUGGUGGAUGCCUUAACGCACGUAUGAGAAGUUAGG